CAGCUGUCUCCUUGUCCCUCUACUCCAGCUCAAUUGCCGCACGAUGGCCACGAUAACAUAACCAUAUCCUCAUUCCAACACCAUGGAGUCACCCCGCGCAAAUGAUGCCCCUCAGCCAAGGCUGCCCCAGGAACUUCUCUUCCUUAUUAUCGAGUCACUAGCUCCCAGUAAUCCAGAUGCGAUCCUACCGUCAUCCCAUGAGAACACCAAGUGCCUCCUCGCCCUUACGCGCGUCUGCCGAAGCGUCUCGCAACUUGCGUCGAAGCUCUUGUGGCGAUCCUGCCCACACAUAACCUCCCUGAAUCAAGCGCAAGCUUUCGCCGCAGCCUUAGAAUGCCUGUCUCCAGACGACCCUCGUCGCCCCACUAGUCUCUUCCUGGGCCUAUGUCGAGGCGAUGAGGCUGCUCCAACUGCGAACUGGCCGUGGCCCCGCCACUUCAACGAGCCAGCUCCGCAUCCCGGACACGUCUCCAGCAGUGACAUGCUCGAUCUUGGGUUCUCUGGUUCAAUCAUUGGCAAUCUCGUGCAAAGCAUCCUCCUCAGCCUUGCACCGACCCUGCGGCGCUUGAUCAUCAAUAUGCCGCUGGCGGCCGUUAGUUCCGCGCAUGAUGGGGACUCGCUCAUGCGUCUUCUACGGCCGGGAUUUGAGGCCCUCGUCAACCUCGAAGAAUUCACCAGCGUGGGCGAUAGCUUCUCUUUCAGGUCAGGUUCCCCAGAGGUCUGGGCCACGUGCUGGCCGAAGUUACGUCGGUUGUCGCUGGGCAGCCCAGUCAUGAACUUCAAGUUAAUGGCCAGCCAUCCGAACCUGGAGACGGUGGUCAUCUCCCGCCAUAGUUCGUUUCAUUUACUGAUGACUGGAAACGUCAAGAGUUACUUGGCUCGAGCGCUCAACACCCAGAGAAGUAAUUCGACACCCGAUAGCCAAGCCAAGGUGCCCUUUACCUUGGUAUUUGUGGAUGCGUUUGGCUCCUCAUGGACCGACCUUCGGCCCAACAACGUUGCUCGUGUUCUCCUGAUGGACGUAGGGAACAGGUUCGCUGAUACUUUCAGUCACUUUAAUGAACUAGAUAGGGACAGGAAAAAGGUUCUUAUCCCUCGACGCUGGAUCCAGCAACAUGCGUUGAGGGGCACUCUUUGGGAGACGGCUUCUGCUGGAUACGACGAGCGGUCAGACUUCAGCCUCCUAGGAUAGACUGUGAGACAUGACAUGGAAUGAAUAAAUACUAGGUGGUUUCAUUCCAAAUUGGUUUCAGAGUGCAUCGCCUGG